AAUAAAACCUACCAACAGACGACAGACGAGAGUGAAGAAGCACCUUUAAACAUUUCUGCUCUGUCAUCAACAAUUGUUUCCGUUCCAAAAACCGGGUGUGUUUGCUGGCUGUAGACCAAUAUUCGUCUAGCAGGACUUUGAAAUGAGCUCAUGGAGCGAGAUAAUUCGCGAAAACGGACCCAAACAACAUUUGAAAAGCCAUCUUCCCAAACCUAUUCUGACUUUGACGACUCGGGUAUACAGACAGAUGUGAUCCAAUCACUUGAGAAACGCAUUCCCAACCAUUUCCUGGUUGUAGCACUCAUCAAACAACUUUGUUCACUUUACAUUGAGGAUCAAGAAAAAUGUGAAGAGACAUUUAUUGUUAUCUGUGAACAGUUGGCUAGGAUGAAGAUACUGCCACAAUUUGUGUUUCAUGAAGAUUUCAAUGCUGUGCGGGAGAAAUAUGUCGUAGCUUUCCACAAUGUUCUGUUGACAGCGGCCGGUGUUAAUGACAAUCCAGUAAAUCCAAUCAAUAAGUUGCCAUAUAAGAUUGACGGAAGAACAUCCCUGCUCACAAGGUAUCCGUCAGUAUCCAAGGAACUGCUCAAGGUGCAGCAACUUCUUCAGUACAACACGCAUCGAUAUAAGGAGGAAUUUGAGGAGAUAGAAAAACUAGGAAAGGGUGGUUUUGGAAGUGUUUACAAGGUAAAGAACAAACUGGAUGGCCGUGAAUAUGCAGUAAAGAAAGUAUAUUUAAGGGAAAAAGAUAUUCCGGAUUGUUUAAAGGUGAUAAGAGAGGUGAAAGUUCUGGCAUCAUUACGCCAUCCAAAUGUUGUUGGUUACCAAACUGCAUGGUUGGAGUUUGUGACUUGGGAAAACAGUAUUUCAAGAAUAUCAACUCAUCCUGGACGAUUGGUUGAUCUUGACUCGAACCCAAGUCUUUUUCACAGGUCAGAGUCACUGGAGAGCGAUGGUAGUCAUAUAGUGUUUCAAACCGCAUCAGAUACAAGUCACGAGGGUGAGAAUUCAUCUGAACCAAAUGAAAAAGUUGUUAGUCCACCAACGUCCCCUGUUGUAUAUAAAGGAAAUGCAUUGGCUGGUCCAUUUCACGGCAUGUCAAUGAAUAGUUUAGGAAUCCAGCGAUCUGCAUCCGACGCAAAUCUCGAACGCUUUACAGCCUCCAAGUCGUACAAAAAUAGUCAUCUCCAUGUUCCAAAUAAUAUCAAGAAAAAUACUUUUAGUAAAGGUUCAGAUAGUUCUAAUACUGGUGACUCUAUCAGCAGCAAGGGUUUGGGCAUAGUGUUAUUUAUACAGAUGGAGUUGUGUGAUUUGACUCUUACACAAUGGUUAUUGGAAAGAAACCAGGAUAUUGCUAAGCAUGGCGGGCAAGUUAACCAACAAGAGAACAUGAACAUCUUUAAACAAAUUCUUGCUGGAAGCAAUUAUAUACAUUCCCAGGGAUUGAUACAUCGAGACUUGAAGCCCAGUAAUAUAUUCCUGAAUCGCGAUGCGUACGAUGGUUCAUAUCGGGUGAAAAUCGGCGACUUCGGGUUGGCUCGGACCGACGUAUUUCGCGCGGAUCCACCGAACGGCAAAGAAUUCAAUUCUUUGAUUGAACCACUCACUCCAUUAUUCUCUGAAGGUGCCCCAAAUUUUCCAUCUUCCACCAGCCAGACCCUUGGUGUUGGCACGUGUACAUACGCAUCCCCAGAACAACUGUACAACAAAGAUUAUUGUUUCAAAACGGACAUCUUCAGUUUGGGAAUAGUUCUCUUCGAGUUCUUUCAGCCCUUUGGUACAGAGAUGGAGAAACAUAGGUGUAUUAAAGAUCUAAGACAGGGCGUUGUCCCACAGGCGUUUAGGGAUCUUUGGCCAGAACAGGCUGAUUUAAUUGUUCGUAUGAUGGCAAAAGAUCCAGAAAACAGACCAACAGCGGACGAGAUUAUGUCGAUGGAUAUUUUUAGUGAAAAGAAUAAGUGCUUCGCAGAACUGCUGGCGAAAUAUGAAAACGAACGAAAAGAAAAUGAAGAGCUGCGAGAAAAACUCCGAAAACUGGAGCUUGAAUUGAGAAAAAAGAAUGAAGUAAUAGCGCAACUACGAGGUGAACGAAACUGAUGUCUACAUAGGUCAUAUUCAACGCUGACUUUCCAAGUAGUUUUUAGAACGGGGCUUGUGUGUUUGAUCUGUGCUUUGAAUCAGAUUAGGUGUGCUGAGUCGAAUGUGGUAUUGAGGUGAAACGCGACCUCACGCAAACUGUACAUAUGUAGUAAUGUAGAUUUUUUUAAUAUCGUUAGGUAACUAUUAUUAUUGCUGUGCAAUAAAAAGAGAAUUGAUUA